CAUCAUGAUAUCAACCAGUGGUGACCUCAACCAUUAUCAACAUAGUACUGAAGGUUCUUUUGUGGAAGUCUUUUUCAUAUGCGGAAAGGUGAAUACUUUCUCUUGUUGGCACAGCUGACACCCCUGACCGCAGCAUUCUUGGCACUACUGUAAUGACUACGACAGCUUGUCGGCAACAGCGACCCUAAUUGAGGAGUAACAUCGUACAUUUAUGGUACCUUUGGGCAAUCUGCGCCUUUAUGUCUGUGGCUUGUCAUUGACACGAGAGAGCGCCUCGCCUCUCCAAAGUGCUGUCAUUCGACUAGAAAUUUCCAAGCUGGGCUGCUGGAGGCGGCCUGUUAUGCACAGGAUCGGCGGUAACAGUAUCCAUAUAGCCACUGGCAACUGCCUUCCCCUCAGUCAACCACUUCAAAAGGUCCAGGUUAUUUACACGACAGACACUCCAUUCAAUUUUGGCUCCCGCACUACGACAAUUCGAAAACCCAACCCAAAUAAUCGUAUGUGGAACCAAUUUGACGUUAUGGGAGAGAUUGAGUGGCACACAUGGUCUUCCUCAAAGUUUCGUUUUGGUGGAACUGAAGUAGAGACGGCGGAUUUUAUUGAAAGCAGAGGAUUCACGGGGCGGAAGCGCGUGUUCACUGGUCCAGAUGGUCGCCCCUAUCGCUGGGAUCUCCAUCACAGAGUAGUUGUUCUCUCACGGAACGACAGAUCUCGAACCGAGGUCGCUCGCUAUCAUAGGGCGACUCUCGGAAUUAUAGGAAGGAAACGUAAAGCCACGCUGGAAGUAUCACCUGAGGUAGUUCAUAUGAUGGACACUGUCAUCAUGACGUUCAUCUAUGUCGAGAAACUCAGGAUGGACAAAGAACGGUCCUCAAGACAUGCCCAUGCCCACGCCGGCGGCUCCGCAGCCCCAGGGGCCUCCGCAGCCCCAGGAGCCUUCGGUACCGCAUUCUAAUUGAUGACCUUAAUGAUUAGUAGUAGCCUUUUUUCUUUCACUAAUACAACACCACAGCUAUGAACAAU